AUGUCGAAUGAUCUAAAUUCCAUUGAUCCAGUAAACUCCCCAACAGUACCUCAACGCUCGGCAGCAAUCGUUAAUCUAGAUGGGCGUUGGGCACUUUAUCAUGAGACCAUAUACUCUUCAGAUAUCCCUGAAACAUCAUAUUAUUUGUUGGAACUCGGGACUGGUAUAACAACCAAGCUGCCCAAGUCAGCGAAGUCCGCAUCUCCAGGCUCAACAUUGACAAAUUUCAUCUGGGCCGACAAAAAUACCCUUAUUUGUCAAGCGCAAGAGAACCAGACAACUCAUUUUUUCACUCUCAACGGCCCACCCUUUACACGGCGGCCAGCCAGCGCAGGCCAUGUUGAUACAUUGAUGACUAUCUUGAAGGCAGUAUAUGUCGUAGAAAGUAGCAAUCAUCGGAAGAUUUAUGUGGUAAUUGCAGUCUCAGGUAUUGGUGCCGGAACAACCUCAGCACGCUCGAGUGUUAGUGAAGUCGAUGUUCUAGGAAAUACCUUAGGGCCAGGUGGUCAAAUGCUGCGGUGCCUCGUGUUCGGGUGUCAAGGCGCUCUUCCGCACAUCAAUAUUGAGUCCUUUAGUGGUGAUAUUCUUGAGACAGUUAACCUUAAAUAUGUUCCCUUUCCAACCCGGAUGUCAAUGGGACCAAUGAAUUUUGACAUAUCUAAGGCGGGAAUAGCUCUUGUCGCUCAAACCGAAGAACAGUCUCAAGUUCAACAUGAUGACAUAUCUGAUGUCUACUUUAUUCCUUUCAAUCAGUUACCUACACCGAAAAAGUCGAAGGAACUUAUUCCUAUAAAAGUGGAAACUACCGGAAUAACUGGUAGCGCCUCUGUACCAGUUCUCAGUCAUGUUGCCCUGUCCUGGCUCGCAUUUUUGAAGCGCAAUGAUAACUCCACAGAAAGGGGCGAAACAUUUAUUUUCAAAGUUAAUAUCAACAGAACAACGUACCAACCAUCUAGCACACAGCGCAUAUCAAGUCCAACCGAAGAGAUGAAUUCUGUACUUAAUCCAGUUAAUUUGGCUUGGGCUGGCCCUUCUCAAUCCAUGUCGGAGAAGAGAUUGUUCUACUGGGCGGACAGCCAAAUGUCCAUUGUCGAGAUUCCUAUUCCCGUACGAUAUUUACAAAGCCCGCUUGUUUGCAGACGGCUGGUCACUGAUUUUGAUCAUGGUGGCUCAAUCUUGGGCGUCGAUUGUUUAAAAAAAAUUAGACUGCAACCUGGCGACCCCGGAUUACUCAUUAGCAGAGCUUUGGCCAACGGAAGUACCGAUUUCUUAAUAUACAACGCUGAUACCGGGGACCGAUCAAUGGUUCAGCGCGCCUCCAUUGGUGAAGUAAUGACGGAGCAGAAUCAGGACGAUAGUAAUAAGAUUGGGGGUAAAUUUUGGAAUCUUACCGAAGAUGGGAUUAUUGAGGAUGGGGCUACCGAGAAUAGAGGAGAGGUUUCUCAUGAGAGUAACGAUAUUGAGGAUGGAAUUAUUGAGGAUGGAAUUAUCGAGGAUAAGGUUAUCGAGAAUAGAGGGGAGAUUAUUAAUGAAAGUAAUGCUCCCGAGGAUGGAAUUAUUGAGAAUAGACAGAAUUUUGGCAAUGAGAGUGAGGAUGAGUCUCUUGAACCUCCUUUUCCGGCUCUAGAGAACAGAGGAGGGCAAGUAGAUUCGCCCCUUUACAGACAUUCCGCACACAUGUUGAUUAUACGGUGGAUAGAGGCGAGGCGAAGACUUGGACUUGAAGAACUUUCAUUAUGA